AUGGGAGAAUUUGAUAAGAACAUGAAAUCUUAAGAAGAAAUAAGAAGUGACUUCUUUUAAAUAAUUUUAUAUUUCAUCAUUCUUCGAGUUUUAAUUUAAUUAAUCAUGUCAUUGUUAUUAUGUAAACGAAGCUAAGAACUUCACUCUCUUGAUAUUUGAGUCAUGCUAUAAUCGAGAAAAUCCGCUUGUGAUUUGAUCCAUGGUCAAUUCAUUUUUCGAAUCAAUAAUUCAGUGAGAUUUCGUAAACAUUAGAAUUGUGAAAAUGCAAUCGUCAUUGAGUAAAUCCAGCACGUCCUCCAACACUAAUAAUGUUUCUACUAGCUAUAUGAACAAAAGUGAAAAAGAAAAAUACAUCGAAGAAUUCAAUUUUCCGUUUUGUGACGAAGCUUCGAAAUAUGAACGAGUAUCAAAAAUUGGACAGGGAACCUUCGGGGAGGUAUUCAAAGCGAGAGAAAGAAAGCAACCGAAGAAAUACGUUGCUAUGAAAAAAGUCUUAAUGGAUAACGAGAAAGAAGGAUUCCCUAUCACUGCGUUACGAGAAAUUAGAAUUCUUCAGUUGCUGAAACACGACAACGUUGUGAAUUUAAUAGAAAUUUGUCGAACCAAAGCUUGCAACGUGAAUAAAUUCAAGUCAACGUUCUUCUUGGUUUUCGAUUUCUGCGAACAUGAUUUGGCUGGUUUGCUUGCUAAUAUGAACGUUAAAUUCAGUCUUGGAGAGAUCAAAAAAGUUAUGCAACAAUUAUUAAACGGACUGUACUUCAUUCACAGUAACAAAAUUCUACAUCGAGACAUGAAAGCUGCCAACGUUUUAAUUACGAAGACCGGAAUAUUAAAAUUAGCUGAUUUUGGAUUGGCCAGAGCUUUCAAUUUAUCAAAAAAUGGCCUACCUAAUAGGUACACAAAUCGUGUUGUUACGUUAUGGUAUAGACCGCCUGAAUUAUUAUUGGGUGAUCGUAAUUACGGCCCUCCGGUUGAUUUAUGGGGCGCUGGUUGCAUAAUGGCGGAAAUGUGGACGAGAAGUCCAAUCUUGCAAGGACACUCGGAGCAAAAUCAAUUGACUAUUAUUUCGCAACUAUGUGGUUCCAUUUCACCAGAAGUUUGGCCUGGUGUUGAAAGUUUAGAAUUAUAUAACAAAAUGGAGUUACCCAAAAACCAUCGAAGAAAAGUUAAAGAACGUUUGAAACAUUACGCUAGAGAUGCGCAAGCUUGUGAUUUAUUAGACAAAUUACUCAUUUUGGAUCCGAGUAAACGAGCAGAUGCAGAUACUGCUCUGAAUCAUGACUUUUUCUGGACAGAUCCAUUACCGGCCGAUUUAUCGAAAAUGUUAGCUCAACACAACCAAAGUAUGUUUGAAUAUUUAGCCCCUCCUCGAAGACCGAAUCAGAUGCGAGCCCAUCAUAUGCAAGUUAAUUCUUCGGCUUCGAAAGCGUUAAUGGAUACCGGAUAUCAAGAUCGUGUAUUUUGAUCGUCUCCAUUUCAUCAAUAGUUCAACUUGAUUACGUUGAGUUUUAUUGAUGAAGAUUUGUUUUCCUUGUGGAACCUACCACUUGUCGUUAACUGAAAUCAUCGACAAAGUAGCCGUUUAUAUUGAAUUUUCAACGAAUGAUACCUUGUAUUUUGUAAAUUGUGCGACUAAAUAAUAAGUUUCCGAUUUGAAUGUGAUGCUGUUGAAAAAUCGGAUUGUUGGUUUACGUAUGUAUGUAUGUAUGUAUGCGCCUAACCUACGUGAAAACAAAAGAGUAGGUACUAUUAUUAUACUAUAUGUUCAAGAUAAGUCAUAUUUGUGACUCUUCUUCCUCCAUUUUCUGGUGUGGAGAUGAUUAACAUCAAAUAAAGUCGUUUUUUUUCAAA